UUUUCAUGUUUGGAUAUAGUACUUCACACAGAGGCUUUGCUUUCCAUCAUGAGUUUCCUCACCUUCAGAGUUCCAUCGGGUGGUCUUCCCAGUACUGAUAAAUCAUCAGACCACAAGCCUCAAAUGAAAGAACAGGAAAAAGGAAGUACUUUUAGACCAGUGUCUGGUGAUGCAGCCCACGAUGAUGUCUGUGAAUUAAAACUCACUGCAAAGCUAAAUGCAUUCAGUAUUACAGUGUGUGAUCAGACCUGUAGAAUUGCAGACAUUAGAAUACAAGGAAUGGAUGCAUCUGUGAUUAAGAAGCCUAAAAAGAUUAAAGUGUUCUCCAGACUUGAGGACAUUGUAAUUACAAAUGUUGAUCCAGAAACAAUCCAUAAAAAGGCUGUCUGCAUAAUGGGAGAUGAAGUGUUUCGAUUUCACAUGUCACUUUAUCCAGAUGCCACUGCAGGGGAAGCCUACACUGAUAUGUCAAGGGUGGAUGGUAAAAUGUCUCUGAAAGUGGGCUGCAUCCAAAUAAUUUACCUACAUAAGUUCUUUAUGUCUCUCUUGAACUUCCUAAACAAUUUCCAAGCAGCACAAGAAGCCCUGACUGCAGUCACUGUCCAGGCAGCAGAAAUGGCUGCUUCCAGCAUGAAGGACUUUGCUAAAAAGAGCUUCCGCCUUCUAAUGGAUGUCAACUUGAAAGCUCCAGUCAUAGUUGUCCCUGAAUCUUCAGCUUCAUGUAAUGCUUUGAUAGCUGAUCUUGGCUUAAUCAGAGUUCAGAAUGAAUUCAAGCUGGUGUCUUCAGAUGAAUCUUCUCUUCCUCCAGUCAUUGACAACAUGGAUGUGCAGCUGACUCACUUGAAAUUAUCAAGGUGCAUUAUAUCUGCAGAUUCACAGCCAGAUUCUGAAAUUCUGCGUCCUGUGAGUUUGACUUUACUGGUCCAGAGAAAUUUAGCAGCAGCAUGGUAUCAUAAGAGCCCAACAAUUUGUAUCAAAGGAGACCUAAAACCAAUGCAGAUUGCACUCAGUGAAGAUGAUCUAACUGUUAUAAUGAAAAUUUUACUUGAAAACCUUGGAGGGUCUUCUUCCCAGCCAAAUACUCUGCAAGAGAAUAUUGAGGAUACUCAGAUACCUAAAAAAGGGAAAGCUCCACAUGAAUCUGGUGGCUCUGAGGGUGCCCUUGUUGAUUCUGGACAAAAAAGUGUUUCUGCAGUUCAGUCUUCUAUGGAAUGUUAUACAUUGCUUAAAUUUGACUUCAAUUUUGAGUCCCUUUCUGUAACUCUCUACAACAGUGACACGACUCAGGAAUCUCUGCUCUUGGUGCAUAGUGACAAAUUGCGCCUUGGUGAGCUCCGGCUGCAUCUCAUGGCAUCAGCAGGGGAGAUGUUCUCAGAUGGCUCCAUGGAUAUCAGUGUUAAACUCAAAGCAUGUACCUUGGAUGAUCUCAGAGAAGGAAUUCAGAAUGUGACUGCAAGAAUGAUAGACAAGAAAGAUGACACAAAUGAGAGUUCCAUGAUAGAUAUAAGAUAUAAGCAGGAUAAAAAUGGAACUCAAGUUGUUGCUGUCCUCGACAAGCUGUACAUAUGUGCCAGUAUGGAAUUUUUGUUGACAGUAGCACAUUUUUUCAUUAAGUCAAUGCCAGUAUCUUCAGCUGAAGGAUCUGCACAGUUCCAGUUAAAGCAAGUUACUUCUGGGAAAUCCAAGGCAGCAACAGAAAUAUCUGUACGGCCAAACAUGACAGUAAAAGCUGUGAUUAUGGAUCCAGAAGUUGUAUUUGUUGCUAAUUUGACCAAUGCUGAUGCCCCUGCCUUAAAAGUUUCCUUCCAAUGUGACUUUUUUCUGACAUCAGACAAGCUUGCACAAAGAAUGACUGCUCAAGUGAAGGCCUUCAAAGUGUUGGCCUGUGCCUUUCUCAAAGAAAAACAAGGCAAGAACGUUACUACGGUGUUGCGGCCGUGCUCCUUGGUCAUGGAAAAUAUGGUGCACACUUCAGGGUUACACACUGUGGCAGUAACAAUAGAGGAACUAACUAUUAAGAUAUCACCAAUAAUUUUGAAUACUGUCGUGACCAUUAUGGCUGCCCUAAAACCCAAAACAGCUGAGGAUGAUUCUAAAGGAGCACCAGAAGUUUCUGAGAAUUUGUGGCAAGUGAAGCCUGUAGACGAGUGCAAUGCUUGGUUUCUUGGUGUUGACAUAGCCACAGAAGCAACAGAAACUUUUAUGGACCGUGAACAAAUUCUGAAGCAAGAGAAGUUUGACAUCGUAGUGAAAUCUGUUCAGAUGACCUUGGAAUGUGGUCUGGGGCAUCGAACUGUCCCUUUAUUGUUAGUGGAAUCUACAUUUUCAGGUGUUCUUAAAAACUGGUCCUCACUGAUGGAGGUCACUGCUGAUAUGUCAUUGGAGGUUCAUUAUUACAAUGAAACCUAUGCAGUGUGGGAGCCAUUUAUUGAACGAGUCGAAGGAGGAAAGAAACAAUGGAAUUUAAAGCUGGAGAUGAGGACUAACCCUGUCCAGGAGAGAAGUCUGCUGCCUGGGGAUGAUUUCAUUGUUAUUCCUGAGCCACAAACUGUAGUUAAUAUCUCUUCGAUGGAUACCAUGAAUAUAACAAUAUCCAAAUGUUGUCUUGCUGUUUUCAGUAACCUAGCCAAGGCAUUUUCAGAAGCAACUGCAUCCACCUUUGACUAUUCCUUUAAAGAGACAGCACCUUUCGUAGUGAAAAAUGCCCUGGGUGUUUCUCUGAAAGUUCUUCCUAGCUCCAAUUUUCGGAUAGUGGAUUCAGUUGCAAAAGAAAACAUGAAUGAAAUAGAAACUGGUCAGAGCAUGGAACUGGAAUACUCUGUUUUUGAAGCACCCCAGCGAGGAAGGUUGUCUGCAUUGUACCGACAGGAAAGCUCUGUCUUCUCUUUAAAUUUAGAACUUCAGGGAUAUAAAGAGGUGCUCAGCAUUCCCGUGGCCAAGCCGGGCCGCCGCCUGUACAAUGUCAGGGAGGCUGCUGAUCGCUCAGACUCCAUUGUUGUGCAGAUUGAUGCUACAGAAGGGAAUAAGGUCAUUACUGUGCGCUCCCCUCUGCAGAUUAAGAAUCAUUUCUCAAUUCCAUUUGUGAUCUAUACACUGACUAAAGGCUCCAAGUCCCUGAAGCCAAUUGGCAUAUCCAAGCCAGAAGAGGAGUUUCAUGUUCCUCUGCAUUCAUACAGAUGUCAUCUGUAUGUCCGACCAACAGGAAUAUUUGAGGGUCAGUUCAAGGAGUCUACAACUUACAUUGCCUGGAGGGAAGAGCUACACAGAAGCAAUGAAGUCAAGUGCUUGUUACAGUGCCCAGCCACUGAAACCAGUUUCUUGCCUCUAAUAAUCAGCUCAACAGCUGUACCUGAUGAACUAAAUUUUAUUUCAAGUUCUGUAGAGGAGUUGGAUCCUGCCUACAUUAUCCACCUUUACCCUACGCUGACUGUGAGGAAUCUUCUACCAUACUCCUUGAGAUAUUUACUUGAGGGAACCGCAGAAGCCCGUGAAUUAACUGAAGGGAGCGCUGCAGAUGUUUUUCAUUCAAGAAUCAGUGGAGAAAUAAUGGAGCUUGUGUUGUUAAAAUAUCAAGGCAAAGACUGGAAUGGCCAUCUUAAAAUUUGUGAUGGGAUGCCUGAAUUUUUUCCUGUGCGUUUCACAUCUCAUUCUGUCUCAGAGAUGUCUGUGGAUGUUUACAUCCAUUCCAGGCGGAUCGGCAGCCAUAUGGUCUUGUCCGUGUUCAGUCCCUACUGGAUCAUCAACAAGACUUCCCGUGUUCUCCAGUACCGAGCUGAAGACACUCACGUGAAGCAUCCAGCAGACUACAGAGAUAUUGUUUUGUUUUCAUUUAAAAAGAAAAAUAUCUUUAGUAAGAACAAGAUCCAGCUCUGUAUUUCAACUAGCACUUGGUCCAAUAGCUUUUCCCUCGAUACUGUAGGAAGCUAUGGAUGUGUCAGGUGUUCAACUAAUUACAUGGACUAUCUGGUUGGAGUUAGCAUCAGAAUGAGCAGUUUCAACCUUACUAGGAUAGUUACCUUCACACCAUUCUACACAAUAGCAAACAAAUCUUCUCUGGAACUUGAAGUUGGAGAAAUUGGUCCUAAUGGUUCUCUUCCAACUAAUAAAUGGAAUUACAUCUCAGCUUCAGAGUGCCUUCCAUUUUGGCCUGAAAACUCAUCUGGUGAACUUUGUGUAAGAGUAGUUGGCUUUGAAAGCUCAUCCAAACCAUUCCUGUUUAAAGCCCAGGAUAAUGGUACUCUGCUGAAACUGGAAGAAUUGAAUGGGGGCUUGCUGGUAGAUGUGAAUGUCUCAGAACAUUCUACUGUGAUAAGCUUCACGGAUUACCACGAGGGAGCUGCCCCAGCUCUGAUUGUUAACCACACCCCAUGGGACUCUCUCAGAUAUAAACAGAGUGGAUUACAAGAGGAAAUGGAGUUGAAACCAAAGCAAGUAUGCCUCUUUGCCUGGACAGAUCCAACCAAACCGAGAAAAUUUACUUGGGGUUACUCUCAAAGUUUUGGUGAACAUGACCUACUUAAGGAUGACUGUGGCCAGUUCCCUUACAAUGCAAAUACUCAAAUUCACUGGGUGUCCUUCCUGGAUGGACGCCAGCGAGUGCUGCUUUUCACAGAUGAUGUGGCAUUGAUUUCUAAAGCACGGCAGGCAGAGGAGCUGGAGCAACCUGAUCAAGAAAUAAACCUGUCAAUCCAUAGUCUUGGACUUUCUCUAGUUAACAAUGAAAAUAAAAAAGAAAUCUCUUACAUAGGAAUUACUAGUUCUGAUGUUGUUUGGGAACAGAAACCAAGGCAAAAGUGGAAACCAUUUAAUCAAAAGCAAAUAAACCUAUUGGAACAAGCAUAUCAAAAAUAUCUCUCCAAGAGUGCUUUCCAAGGUCCUGGCUGGCAUAAACUGGACAGCAAUACUGAGGUGAAUUUCAGUAAGUCUCCAAUGGAAAUGCGUCUCCCUGUCAGAUGCAGCAUCCGCCGUAACUUCCUGUCAGGAAUUCAGGUUGAAUUCAAACAAUCACCUCACCAAAGAAGCUUACGGGCUCAGUUGUAUUGGCUGCAGGUAGAUAAUCAAUUACCAGGAUCGACGUUUCCUGUUGUAUUUCACCCUGUGGCCCCUCCCAAGUCGAUUGCUUUGGAUUCAGAACCAAAACCCUUCAUUGAUAUCAGCAUCAUCACUAGAUUCAAUGAGUACAGCCAAGUCCUGCAGUUCAAGUACUUCAUGGUUCUUAUCCAGGAAAUGGCACUGAAAAUUGAUCAAGGAUUUUUAGGAGCACUUAGUGAACUUUUCACUCCAUCUACAGACCCAGAAGCUGAAAGACGAAGGUCUAAAUUAAUUCAGCAAGAUGUGGAUGCACUUAACACCGAGCUAAUGGACUCUUCCCUAACAGACCUGUCAAUGCUCAGCUUCUUUGAACAUUUCCAUAUUUCUCCAAUUAAGUUGCAUUUGAGUUUGUCUCUGGCUUCUGGUGGAGAAGCAUCAGACAAGGGGGAAGAAAUGAUAGCCAUCCAUUCUCUGAAUUUGCUGUUGAAAAGUAUUGGAGCUACUCUAACAGAUGUAGAUGAUCUUAUUUUCAAACUUGCUUUCUUUGAAAUUAAAUACCAGUUCUACAAGACAGAUCAACUGAGGACGAGAGUUAUUAGACAUUAUAGUGAACAAUUCCUGAAACAGAUGUAUGUUCUUGUACUUGGAUUAGAUGUUCUUGGAAAUCCAUUUGGGUUGAUCAGAGGUUUGUCUGAGGGAGUUGAAGCUUUCUUCUAUGAGCCAUUUCAGGGUGCUGUUCAAGGACCUGAAGAAUUUGCUGAAGGUUUUGUAAUUGGUGUUAGAAGUCUUCUUGGGCACACAGUGGGUGGUGCAGCAGGGAUGGUGUCCAGGAUCACUGGUACUGUUGGCAAAGGCUUGGCUGCCAUUACUCUGGAUGAAGAAUUUCAGCAGAAAAGGAGAGAGGAAAUGGGUCGGCAGCCAAAAGACUUUGGGGAGAGCCUGGCCAAAGGAGGAAAAGGCCUCUUACGGGGUGUUGUUGGAGGUGUGACAGGCAUCAUCACUAAACCAGUAGAAGGGGCUAAAAAAGAAGGUGCAGCUGGAUUCUUUAAAGGAAUUGGAAAGGGGCUUGUAGGAGUGGUAGCCCGCCCGACAGGAGGCAUUGUAGAUAUGGCAAGCAGCACCUUCCAGGGAAUUCAAAGGGUGGCAGAAUCAACUGAAGAAGUGUCAAAUCUCCGUCCCCCACGCCUCAUCCGUGAAGAUGGCAUCAUCCGGCCCUACAACAGGGUGGAAGCUGAGGGAUAUGAUUUAUUUGAGAAGUUACACAUCAGAAAGUUGGAAAAAGAGGUGUAUCGUUACCACUGUGCAAUUCCAAGAGGCAGAAGAGCUAACCUUAUUGUUACCAAUAGGAGAGUGAUAUAUGUGAAAGAAGUGGAAAUCUUAGGCCAUUUAACAACAGAAUGGGAUUACUUAUUUGAAGAAUUCACGCGUUAUCCCUCCUAUGAAGCAAAUAUUUUAAAAAUUACUGUUUUGCAGGAUCAGAAGAUGUUCCAAAGAAAGGACAGUACAGGUCAUGAAUGUGUAAAGACAGUUCAGCUUCAGGAUGAAGCUACAGCAAGGAGGGUUUGUUGUGCCAUUCAGGAAGCCCAGACAACACGAAAACAAGAGAAGCUGGUAAAGAGAGCAUCCUUGCAGCUGAGGAAACCUUAAAUGCUGUCUUGAUAAUGAUAGGAUUUGUUGGGUUUGACGUUUGGUAUGCAAUUUUCUCCCUAAAAUUGAUUAGAAGCAACAUGGAAACGUUGGGAAAAAAGUAAAGAUAAAAUAUCUGAAGUCUUCUUUCAAAGUUAACAGCCAUUUACAUUUUAGUAUUAGAAGUUAUGCAUCUUUUGGAAACAAUAGAUUUCUAACAUGUGCAUGCACAGUUUAAAAAUUGCAAUUUUUGAUAAAAUGUUUUCCCACUCUGAAAUUUUAUUUUCUGCCUUUUUUAAUGUCAGAAAUUCUAAAAUGAAGUUAUCUUAUUUGCACUCUAAGGUUCUAGUUUACAGACUGGUGGUAGUAGUUGUGGUUCUGGUGUUUUUUCAGAUGAAGUACUUUUGUUCAUGAUUGGAACAAAUUAAAAACAAUUUUAGACAACAUUCAACAUUUCCAUUACUGUACAGUAAUUACACUUACAAUUGUACAAUUUAGCUAAUAUGAUUUCAUCUCUGAGAGUUUAGUAUUAAAAAAUACUGCAUUGAAGCAAUGUAAAUAUGAGUGUACAUGAAAGAAAUAGGCUAUUGUCUGGAAAUGUUUACUUUGGAAUGUUGUCACAUUGUAAAUGAAAAUUUGCACUUUAAAAAUGGAAAAUAAUAUUCACCUGUCAUUUGCCUGUUUAUGGUUUUGAUUGUGUCACUGUAGCCUAAAGAAUUUUGUAGGAGGAACAGCACACUGGGUUUAGAAUUGUAUCUCUAAAACAUAAAUCUAAGAAAUUAGGUCUCCAUAUUUCAGUAUAUAGUUACUCCACUGGAAGAAUGUCAUCUUAAUAAGUUAAAACUCACUUCUGAUGCAAUCUUUGUGUUGCAGUUUCUCUUCCUGAAGGCUGUUAGCAUUCAGUUUAAUACAUUUAAACACAAAGUGUAUGUCUGGUAUGAAUAAUCCCAUGAAGUUCCUUGAGACAAGUUCCUUCCUUAACAUCAGGCACAUCCAUAGGUAGCUGAGUCAAGAACUGUAUGAGCAAACAGAUUUGAGUUCAGUGAUCAGUGAGCUGAGAGUUUUUGCUGUCAGUCUUUGGCUAUCAGGUAAGAAAAUCAGUGUCCUUGUGAAAACUCAUGAAAAUUUGACCUUUCCAAUUUCCUUUUCUUGGAAAGAAUAAUUUCUAUUUCUUACUUCUAUUUUUUGUUAGAAUAGCUGUAGAUACAAACUUGGUGAACUAAAAUGACAAUAUUUUUCUACAGAUCCAUACAGUGCACCAGGCCUAGAUUUUUAAACUCUACACUUAAGGUCCGGUGCAUUGUAUAAAUGCACUCUUAACAUGUACCUAUGAGGUCACCAAAGUUGGAAAGCUUAAGACAUUUGAAAGCAAGCUGCCAAACAGAACUUGUAGAGAGCAUUGCACACAUAUUUUAUUGUUGUUGUAUGCACAUGGCUAUUGAUCUACUUUGCUACAUGGGAAAAAAUGUGGUGCAGCCUUUAAUUCUGUGCCAUCGCCUGUUUUCUAGAAAGCUCUGCUCAAACAAUAAAUAAAUUAGCUGUCCA